AUGCGCGCCGCGGGCGGAGGCCGGGACGAGGCGGCUGGACGCGCGGACGGCCAGGGCGACCCCGGCCACCGGGACCCCGACGCCGGCGACGCGGGGCGCGCGCUCGGAGCCGACGGCGCGGACGCGCUCGGGCCCGGCGCCCACGCGCCGUCCGAGGCCGCCGGGCCCGCGCCCAGAGCCCCGGGCAGCCGCCCGAUCCAGUUCUUCGUCGCGCAGCCCUUCCGGUCGCCCGUGGAGGCGCACGUGGCUCGCCAGGCGCUGGCCCGCCGUGACCAGCCCCUCCCCGGGGCCGUGCGCGCGGAGCUCCUGGUGUCCGGCAGCAUCCUGUCCGUCCUGCUGACCGCGGAAGACCCGGCCCAGCUGCGAGUGUCCGUCGCCGCGUUCCUGGAGCAGCUCUCCGCGGUGGUGCGGGCCCUGCAGCGCUCCGGGCCCCCCGUGGUGGUGAAGCCGAGGCCGGAGUUCGGGGGCUAG